CCUUACCAAUUCACAACUUCUAAUUUGAAUAUUUUCUUCCUCUCAUCCCCUACCCCCACUCCACCCUCCAAAAUCCCCUUCCUCUCCCACACAUCCCACCUAAACCCCCUAAAUUUUCCAAUCUCCAAAAUUUCUUCACAAAAAUCCCCUUCACAACUUUUCACUUUCUUCAGAUUCUGACUACUAUAAUUGAGAACGAACAAAUUUUGGAAUAGGCUGAAGCCUAGAGGGGGGAAUUAAGGCAGAGAGGGGUUUUAAGGGGGUUUUGGGGGGAUAGGGGAGUAGAGGGGGAUUUUUAGAGGGUCUGAGGGUGAGAUAGGAGGAAUUUAUUGGUUAUUUUUGGGGGUUUUGGGGGGCUGGAGGGAUGUGUUUGAGGUAUAAGGGGUUGUGUGUGUGUUUGGGGUUAGGAAGGGGUGGUUUUAUGUAUAGGAGAAUUGUUAUAAUCUGUGAAAGGAAAUGUGGCUUGCCAAAGUAUAAAUCGUCGCGAAAAUAUGGUAUAAUACACCAUAAAAAGCAAAUUUCUGAAAGCAUUCUUUUACUAAACCUAUUUCCUCUCUAUCACUCAAAUCCACCUUCUUAACUUCUAAAGUUCAACCCAUAAAAGCUGCUUCUCAUACCCCCAAAAUG